UUCCAAGGCUUUCAUGCCGUCGGUCGUGCAAGUUGGAGGGGCAGCCGCUGCGCGGUGGCCGGAACUUACAUGGGACGCCGUCGACGCUGACGUGAACCUACUCACAAGCAACAUAAACAUAAGGGUAGCUCCACCUGUUUCUAGCCAGGAGGAGUACACUGACCCUUCGUCCGAGAAAUUGGAGCUGAUCGCACGAAACAUUUUUCACGUUCAUCAGACCCUCGGUGAAGCCAUCACGCGCGUGCACAGUGAAGCAGGUCUCAUCCGUGUGAUACAGUGCUUCUUGGCCCAACAGGGCAUUGACACAGACCAGUUCGACAAGGCCGACCAGUGGCUUCGAGCGAACGCGUCGGAAUGGAGCUUUCAUAGUGGUGACGAUGGGACGGAAGGUCUACUUUUGUGCAUUCGGGACGACAUCCACAGUGCAACCUCCAAGACCGAAUUCCUCCAACACUUUGAAGCCGCACUGCAACCGUCGGUCUCGUUUCCAGUGCACAAUCGCAUUCCGAGAGAGCCGUCAUCGUCGACAGUGCUCGGAAACAUCCCUCUCGUGUCCGACGCGGAAGCGUUUCAAGAUGCCAAGGACAUCAAGCGUGACCAAGUGACUAUCAACGGCAUCCUCUUGCCAGGUGUUGUCGGCUACGACACGCUGGUUCGCGCACUCACAGACGAAAUUCAACGUGUCGCUGUCGCAUUUCGACCGUCGUACGCAGGCUUUGCGUCUACGUACGAAGAGAUGGCGAAGCGUAUUCUUCAUGUACUGGCCAUCGAUCGCUACCUCCAACCUCGUACAACCUCAUUUCCGUAGUCCAUUAAUCGAACCGAAUCUGGCGGCGGGUCGUACGAAGUACUGAGUUCUCUCGUUUCACCAGCAUCGACGCCGUCGCUAGUGCUCAUUCGGCCCAAUUCGAAAGCGGCCACACCUUUGCGCGUCCACAUCGACAUGGGCCCAUACGAAGACCGCGAUGGCGGAAGCGGGUGGCUCUUUGGACUGCGCACGGUCGUGACAGCGGAAACGUCGUACGUGCUGUGCGACGCAGACGACCCGACGACCGAGUGGGUCACGGUCCAAGCCAAGUACGUGAACCGCCUCGCGUUUAGCUUUGGCAUGAGUCCGUUCACGUCCGAGUCUCGCGGGGCCCGCGAGGAUGGAGGUCAUGUGCAGCUAAUGCGACACUGACCUCACGCGACACGUUCUACUCUUCUUAAAGUUAAAAUUUCCCAUACACCAAUGUAUCGAGGCGCUGAACAUGCACGGCCAGGUCUUUGUUGCGGUGGUGAAGCCGUAACUGCUCGUUCGUGAGGAGACGGAUUUCGUCGCGAGCGAUUUGGAGAUCAUCUCGGACCUGCGUCAUUUCGCUCUGUUUCCGUCUUGCGACAGCUUUCCACUCUUCUCGCUCGGUUGUGACGUCGCGUAGUUGAGUGAGAAGCUCUAGACACACGUCGUCGUGAUACGUAUCGCCGCCAACCGAGAAAAGUACCUUGGCGUUCCAUCUCCAUGAGCCGCAUCGAGUCUUGCAUGUUAGCUAGUUCCUGGCGCAAUUGGGUUUCUCGUUCCAAGCACAGUUUGUUCUCCAACUCGAGCUGCUUCAGCACGCUUUCUACACGGACGAGAAUACCGAGCUGCUCCUCGGCUUCGUGCUCUGAGGCAGUCAGCUGAGAUACUGCUGGUGGUGUGGAAUGUCUUGAAGGGAUCGUGACUGGGUUGGGUUCAUUCGAGACGGGGGUUGGAGACAAAGUCGAUGCUGAAGGUGGCCGGAGUGCCAGAACAGGAGGACAAUGCUCUUUCGCACGUAGAUGGGUAGAUAUUUCCUCUGACGCGAGGUCAGGGCGACCUGUGGGGGGUUGAAAGGUGCCACUCGAUAUCUUGAAGUUGUCGGUCGAGACGGCAUUGCUACUUUGGCAAUUGAUGGCGCUUUGGGCGGAUGAUAGCAAGGCAUGAGGCGUGUUGAUUUGCUGAGAUUCAAGGGGAGGUAGUUUUUGCUGCAAAGGUGGUUGCUCCUGCUGAGUUGUGGGAGGUACACUACACGAUGUCGUUGUCGAAUUGACCUGAACGGCCUCGGCAAUUGCCUCCUUCAACGUACGCACCCAGAGCGCACAGUGCUGUGUCGUUGGAGCCAUGAACUCGGUUGAAAUGUGUCCAUUGGGAGUUGCAUGUGUGAUUUCAAAGCGAGAUGCUGCUUUGGGAUGCACGGACAGGAUGUUGGCUAACAGCACACGCAGCGAUGCCGUCUCUGUGUCAGGCGAAAACUUCUCACAGAGGAAGAAGCCGUCGCCAACAUGACAUCGGUACUUGACCCAUUCGAACAAGUUUGUCCUUGGGUUUUUCACCUUUCGCUUGAGCACCCGCUUCGCCGACGCUUCGUCCGCGUCGCCGCCAUGGUGCUCCAUGGCACUGUACUGAAUCGAUCGAACAAAC